AUGUCUGAACAGUCAUUGUCUCAAGAUGAAAAAAGACGUCUUUUGAGAGAAAGGAGACAAGCAAAAAUGGCUAGGGGAAAAGCUAGCGAAAGAUUGAAUAAUAUCCUUUCUCAAGGUUCUUCAGUCAAAGAUACCACCGAUGCAGUUUCGGUUCUCGAUUCUAAAACAAAUUCUACAGGACCAUCUAGUAAGACAGCAGAAGUUUCUCCCGUAGUGAACUCAAUUCGUAAUCCAGAGGAUGAUCCUGAAAUCAUGGAUAUUGAAAAUGUUACUCCCGAAACUAGGGUGGAUGAGGCAGAUAUUGACAAAAUGUUGAGUAAUAUCUUUGGUGCAAACGUAGGGGGAAAUGCUACAGACUCCAAUCAGGAUGACUUCUUGGCUAAUAUGAUGAAUAUGAUGAAACAAGGAGAAGGAGCAGACGGAAAUACUGCAACUGCAGAGCCUCAGGAACCAGGAUACCAGAGCCAAUUAAAUGCGUACAACAUAUAUCAACAAAAGCUAUGGAAGUUCAGAUUCUUGAUUGUUAGAUUUACUGCAGUUUUGGCUAAUUUCUUUUACCAUUAUCUCACGAUUCAAGAUUAUUCGUUUUCUUCAUCAGCUCACUUCUAUAUUAGAGGGUUAGCUCCUCAGUCAGCAGUGAAUAGUUUCAUCACUUGGUUUCUGACCUGCGAGGUAGCUAUAUUGGCGUCAUUUUACUUAAUUACGUCUAGAAAUAACAUUUAUGCUAAUGCUAGUGAUGGAAAUUUGCUUCUUAAGGGCAUUUCCAUGGGAGCUAUGGUGCUUCCUCAAUUACGUGCUUACCAACCAUUGGUAGUUCGUCUUGCACAUUAUUGGGAAGUAUUUAGUAUGUUGCUAGGCGAUAUAUUUCUCGUCGUGGUAUUAUUUGGAUUGAUAAGUAUUUAUAAAUAA